AUCUUUCUUUCUUGCUUUUCGCGUAUAUUUAUCCGUAUAUAUAUAAUCUUGCACUCGUGUACUUUUUUUUCAUCGAGAUUGCUUUCCUCCUCUCGUUCCUGCGAGAGAGACCUUUUUUUUGCACGUGAAAAGCCGAGAUAUUGCCGAUCUUUUUCUCUUUUUCUUUCUCUGCUAUCUCUCUUCAUCUCUGUAUCUAUCCGUAUCUGUGUGUGCUGCUGCAGCAGCAGCAGGAAGAUCGAGACGCACGAGGUUUAUUUCCACUUGACAAAGUACACACACGGAGAAUUGCCAGAGUGAUUUUUUCUAGACAUAUACCCGAAUUUGUAGGUCAGGUUCUGAGGGAACUACCUUAAAUACUGUAAGCUCUACUAUCGCCACUUGCGCAAUAUACACUCGAGUGUUUUGGUGCCUGACGCACCCAAUUCACCCAUCCUCGUCAAAAGGACUGCUUGGCUUCGAAGAUCCAAUCGGCCUGAUCGACGUUUCCUCGGCGUUGAUUUUUCGCUCUCUCCCAGAUUCUCAGAAACAUAAUCUGCUGACGUUAUGACUGCUGUACCGCCUUCGGGACCUGAUUAACCGAACAUGACCGAUAUACCAAAGUAAUCAAGACGAAUGAAAAACUAAAAAUGAUGACUCAAGAAGAAAACACUAGCAGGCCGAUGGAGCAGGAGUCCGAGUGGAAAAUCCGAUUGCUCGAUUUACAGAUGAUCGGGUGUCUCGUUACGAUGGCUGUAUUCACGAAUGGCUGGGCAAACAAAAUUUUGAUAACCACAUUAGCAGUGAUUCAUGGAUUUAUAACCGUAUAUUUUUUAGAAAUUUUUACCAAAGACCGAAAUUCAAACGAAAACCCGGACACUCAAUCGGACACAAAUACAGACAGGAAUUCAGGAACAAGCCCAGACGUAAAUUAUGACCAAGUCAAAACAAUCGACGAGAUUCCGGGACCCCUGGCGCUGCCGUUCAUCGGGACCAAUUGGAUUUUCUACAGGGGUGUCGGGUAUUACGAAGUUGACAGGAAUCACGAAGCCUACCAUGACCUCAGUAUAAGAUACGGUCAAAUCGUCAGGCAAGAGUCUUAUUGGAAUUACAAGAUCAUCUCGGUAUUCAAUGGUAAGGACAUCGAGACGAUAAUGAAGCUCAAUACAAAGUAUCCGUUGAGACCGCCACAGGACAUCAUCUCGCAUUAUCGACUGUCGAGGAAGGAUCGAUACACCAAUAGCGGACUCGUUAAUGAGCAAGGACUUGAAUGGGAAAAACUGAGGAAUAGCUUGACACCGGGUUUGAUGUCGUCGUUGACCAUCAACGGCUUCUUUUCGUCCCUUAACACCGUGACUGACGACUUUGUCGAGCUGAUAAAACAUCGAAGAAACGAGAAUGACACGGUCGUCAGUUUCGAAGAGAUCGCCUGCAGAUUCGGCCUGGAAAGUACCUGCAUGCUCGUGCUGGGCAGACGAAUGAAUUUUUUAAAAACCGACUCGACGAGCGAGUUGACGCAAAAAUUGGCCAAAGCCGUGAGAACGCACUUCUUGGCCACGAGAGACGCCGCGUACGGACUGCCGACCUGGAAGUACUACGCCAACGCGGCUUACAAAAAUCUUAUCCAGAGCGAAGAAACUAUUUACGAUAUAAUAUCGGAUUUAAUCAACCAGACGAUUGAAGAGAAUAAAGACGUGGCACAGGACGAGGCCGUCGAAGCCGUUUUCCAAUCGAUCCUGCGCGAAAAGACCCUCGACAAUCGCGACAAGAAAGCAGCCAUCGUCGACUUCAUCGCGGCGGGUAUUCACACCAUCGGCAAUACUCUCUGCUUCCUGCUGCACAAGAUGGGAAAGCACACUGAGGUACAGCGUCAAAUCCACGAAGAGGCCCAGCAGUUGGCUCCGCAGCGCUGCGAAGUACCCAUUAAGGAGAUGAGAAACGCCAAGUACAUCAAGGCCUUCAUCCAGGAAGUAUACAGAUUAACCCCAACGGCACCUGACAUCGCUCGCAUUCUCGACCAAUCCGCCACGCUGAGCAAUCACGAGCUUCCAGCAGGAACAGUAGUUUUGCUUCACACAUGGCUCGCCGGAUUGAACGAGGAGAACUUCGUGCACGCCAGACAGCUGAUACCGGAAAGGUGGCUGGAAAAUUCGAGCUAUCAGCCGCACUCGCCGCAUCUGGUCGCGCCCUUCGGCUAUGGUCGCCGAAUCUGCCCGGGCAAGCGAUUCGUCGAUCAGGCGCUGCAGCUGGCGAUCGCCAAGAUCUCCCGCGCAUUCGUAGUGAGCGCAGAGGACGAGCUGGUCCUCAAAUCGGAGUACAUAAUGGCGCCCCAGGGCCCGGUCAGGAUAUCUUUUAGAGAUAUUCCGGAAACAUGAUCGCGCGCCUCAAAGCCCUGAUAGUUUUCUAAGUUUAAAUAUGUUUACGCACACUCAACACGCAUACACAUUCGAGUAAACAUUGUAAAUUUUUCCGUAAUGAACAUACAUGUAUUCGUAAUUAUGUGUAUUAUUGAUGACCGUACGUGUUUAUAAUCGUCAAAUGUACAUACAAAUUUCUUCGUUGAACGACGGUUCGCAAAAAGACUGAUAUAAAGUUAUAAGUAAUUUGUAUGGUUAAAGUCCCGGUAAUAUUAGUAUCAGUAUAAAAAAAACGAAAAUUAAAUCGUAAAAAAAUUAUUUACCAUAUCAAUACUUAUAACAAUGAAAAUAGUUCCUCUGAUAAGCAUAAAAAAUGUAUCUGUAACAUUCCUUCACUCUUGGAAUACAAAUUGUACUGUUAAGUUUAAGUUCAACCAGUUAUUUCAAAGUCGACGAUUUUAUUUUUUACUCGCAAACAUUUGACGUCGUAAUGAUUAUUGUAUAUAUAUGAUUAUUCAAUUAAAAUUUUUCUCAUACAUUAUUAGAAAAGAUGUCAUUUAUCAAUUUUUUUGUUAUUUUAUUCAGAAAAAUUAUAGUCAUAUUGUUUUUAUUGUUUAGUGUAAUAGCAUAACUGCAUGUUGAGUCGUAGAAUUACAAAAAUAUUAUCCGAUCACAAGUCAACUUUAUUAACUUCGAUUUUCGUACACACUACAUUAUCUUAUGUUUAUAUUAUUCCAUGCACUUAGAUGAUUACUUAAUUGUUAAUCGCAAUGUAUGUUACAGUUUUGUUAAAAAUAAUAAUUUUAUAUAAUUUAUCUUUAUAACGCUGUAUAAGUAUAAAUAUGUGGAGUAUUAAAACUCGAAAGCAUGAAUAAAUAUAAUUAUGUAAUUA